UCUGUACCUUUCUGUCCAAAACUCAGGUAGAACGUCCAUUUAGACUAAUGGUUUAAGUCCAGCCAUUUCUCUCAACCUGGUGAACUUCGCCUGUGAUAAGCCUUUGGUUAGCAUGUCAGCAAUCAUGUCUUCAGUUUUGCAGUACUUCAGUUCCACUGCUCCACUUGCAAUUUGCUCUCGAACGAAAUGAUGCUUGAUGUCAAUGUGCUUUGCACGUCCAUGAAACUGCGGAUUCUUGGCCAUGCAGAUAGCUGACUGAUUGUCUUCAAAGAUAACUGUUGCUCCAGCAGGACUGUUUUUCAGAUCUGACAGCAGUUGUCGCAUCCAGACUGCCUCUUGUGCAGCACUGGCUAGUGCCAUGUACUCAGACUCUGCUGUAGACAAAGCAACACAUGGCUGCUUCUUACUCUUCCAGCUUACUGCUGCGCCACUCAUCUUGAACAUGUACCCAGACAUGGAUCUUCUGUCGUCGAGGUCUCCUGCCCAAUCUGCAUCAGAGUAUCCAAUGCACUCUUCCUCUAGAGUGUCCAUAAUAUUAAGUAGGGCUAGAAAUCGGCAUGCCCAUCGUGUGUCGCUUAAACGUUGCAGCUCUCUUGUUCUGCCAUACAUUUCUAUUUGGAGAGACAGCCAUUUUGGGUGCACAUAUGAGGCAGAGGUAAAAAUAUAAAGACUCUGUAACAAAGAAAAAAACUCCUCUGUUUUUGGGACACUUUUGACUACAUCAACUAACACUAAAUUGAGACAAUGUGCACUACAAUGGAUGUAGAAGCCAAAUUGAGCCUGUUCUCUGAUCCUUGUCUGAACCCCUGAAUGCUUACCGCUCAUAACAGCAGCGCCAUCGUACGCUUGGCCUACAAGGUUAUUUUUGUAGUUCAGGCCAUAACGUUCCAGUAAGUGCACUAUUUUCCCAGUGAGCCCUGCUGCAUCUAACCUCUCUGCAGAUUCAAAAUGGAGAAAACUCUCCUUAAUGGCCACAUUGUAAUAGUACCUGAGUGUGAAAGAAAUCUGCUCUUUUUUUUAAACAUCCUUUGUCUCAUCAGCCAUAAUACUUAAAACCUCACUGUUUUUCACUUCUUCUAUGAUUUCAGACCGAACCAUUUCUGCCAAACAACCCAAAACCUCAUUCUGGAUGAUCAUGCUUGUGUACUUUGCAUUGUGAAUGGAAGUUAAUCUUCUCUUAACAAACGCAACAAUAAAGAGUAAGGACCCACUGAUGUCCCCAACAUCCAACCAUGGCCUCAAACACAUGUGCAAACUUGUGGGGGCGUCUGUGCUGACAUUUCUACUCUUUUGCUUCCUCUGCCUGGGAGGGGAUGGACAACUGGGAGCCAGACUAGCACCUCCUUAUCCAAGUGGGAGGACUGGGCCUCCUCGUGCAAAGACACCGUGUGGUCACCUAGAGGUGACAAACCCUCUGGUCCACGUCAGUGACUCCAGGACUUACUUAGUAUCAUCAUAUAUGGAGCAUCGGUUGGAACACUCUCUAAUUCGCACAAUUGCUAUUGUGAAACGCGAGGAGAAGCCUAGCUAUUCCUGCAUGUUUUGCUGUGAUGAAGAACUUCAAAAUAGCAGCGCCAGGUAUGAGAUACACUCUGACCACUUCGGGUUUGACUACGGCACGGCGGACAUCUUGUGCUCAGUCCCUGAAAAUUGCUCGAUGCCCUCUCACAUUGCAAUUUACACGGGGCCCCUUAGGGGCCAAAAACCUGUUCUCCCCAUUCGUAACCAACAGGAACGCCAGGAGUCCUUCCCUUACCAGUUUACCGUCUGCAUCUCGGUGAUGUACGACUACACCAACGUCAUGCAGUUGGUGCAGACCCUGGAGAUGUUCAGAUUGCUAGGAGCCCAGCACGUGGCCAUCUACAAGUCCAGCUGCAAUGCAGCCACUCAGAGAGUGCUGGAUUACUAUGUUCAGGCUGGCUUUGUUGAGAUCAUCCCCUGGCCCAUAACUGAGUAUAUUAACAUGUCACGAGGCUGGCAGCAUUCGGUCUCUCCCGGGGACCUGCACUACUUUGGGCAAAUUGCGGCGCUGAACGACUGUGUGUACCGCUUCAUGUACCAGACCCAGUACGUUGUGCUGUCGGACCUGGACGAGAUCAUCGUGCCGCUCACGGUGGACACCUGGACGGAACUGCUGCCACUGCUGGAACAGCGGUACGGCCGCCACGUCAGCUUCGAGUUUGAGAACCACGUGUUCCGGAACACGGUGAGCGGGAGGAACGCAGCGCAGCGGCCGACGGAGUGGCUCGGGGUCGCUGGCGUGGACAUCCUGGAUCACGUGUGGCGCGAGCCAAACAACCCAAAUGCCUUCAACAACUUCAAGGUGAUCGUGAACCCCCGGAUGGUGUACCGCACAACCGUGCAUGGCCUUCUAUGGGCGGACAGCGAAGGGGUCCGCGUGGACCGUGAUGUGGCCCGGAUGUACCAUAUCAAACCUGAGGUCACCGAUGAUGUCACCGAUGACAAACUCAUUCAGGACGAGCGGCUUUGGGACUAUGCCCCUCGUCUCGUUCCUGCUGUUUCAGACGUUCUGAAAAAGACCUCUCCAAGAUAGUGUUUGCUGUGCCACAAAUGAGAUUUAAUUAUGUAUUUUUUAUAAUCAAAGUGUUUUGGGGUUUUUCAUGUGAGAAAAACACAACAUACAUCUCACAUUUAACAUCUCAUUCACAUUCUACACUAUAUCAGGGCAAUAAAGACAGAAAAAAAAUACACAAUUAAUAUAAAUAAAUAAAAUAAAAUAGAAAAAAGGGGGUGUUAGCUAAUAUCGAAUAAUACUUGAAAAUAGUUAAUUAUGGGGCACUAGUCAG